AUUUAAUGGCUUUCCUCACUAAUUAUUGAAUCACCAUCGUUUUAUAUAUACAUAUUUCUUCUUUUACCUCCCUCUACAUCUACCAACUGUUGAUGGACCCAGAAGCUGUGAUCAGCCUCUUUGAUUCCUGCUGGUUCGAUUAUGAAAUCUUGAAGAACAAUCAAUCUUCGUUGUACAGUUCUUACGYAAAACUAAACCAAUCUUCUUCAUCUGCUGAGCCAAAAUUUUCAAGUUUGAGAUCAAUCCUUGUGAGAUCUCAGAGUGAAGACAUACGAGGAACCAGCUUCAACAACUAUGGUUCUUUCUCUCCCAACUCAGUCCUCUUCACGCCACACCUCAAAUCCAUUCCUUCUGGUAACUUAGAUCUCAGAUCACAGAAACAAGAACAAGAACAAGAUCAAGAGCCAGAAGCAGAAGCAGAAGCAGAAGCAGAAGCAGAAGCAGAAGCAGAAACAUCAAACACAGAUCCAAAGGAACACAGUAUUUUGCUGGAAAAGAAGAGGAGUAAGAAGAGAGGAGGUAGGACGACAAGCAAGAGCUUGUCAGACCUUGAGUUUGAGGAGCUAAAAGGGUUCAUGGAUUUGGGYUUUGUUUUCUCCGAAGAAGAUAAAGAUUCAAGGUUGGUUGAGAUCAUUCCUGGUCUUCAAAGAUUAGGGGAGGAAAGAGAAGGAGGUGAUGACAGCAAUUCGUUUUCAUCUACAGGAGCAAAGAGGCCUUAUCUCUCAGAAGCAUGGAAGGAUUUGGAUAGAAAGAUGAAGAAAAGAGAGCAAAAACCAGCAUUGAUGAUGAAUUGGGAGGUUCCUGUUGUUAGUGAUGAGAUCGACAUGAAAGAUAACCUCAAGUUAUGGGCUCAUACUGUUGCUUCAUUUGUUAGAUAACUACUUGUUUUUCUUCACAGAUUUUGAUGAUGCAAUGAUUCUUGUUAUUUAGAUUGAGAAUUUGUAUUUGGGUUUAUAACUACUUCUUCUUGAGGAUGUAAAUACGUUUAAGAGAUGGAGAUUGAAUUGAAAGUGGAGGUCAAUUUGUUAGAA